CUUUUCGGACAACCCCUUUUUAUUUUUUUUUACAAGAACUUGCCUCAUUUCUCUUUGUGGUUAGGUAUUGAGCAUCGACAACUUUCCCAAGUAAUGGCGGAUGACAGCACCUUCUCUACCCGCAUCAGGAAGCGCGUAAAGUAUUACUUCGGCGUCCUCAAUGCUCUCUGCUUGCCGUCUGCUUCGAUUUUCAGCCGUUCUGUUGCAGAAUAUGCAUUUUUAAAUUAUAUUUUCAUACUAAUUCAAGAAAAGACGGAACGCAGCAAGGCUGCUGCUUUGAUUUCAACUAUCUUUGAGUGCGUUUCACCAUUUCUGAACAGUUUCUUUGGACGCCCCAGUGAUAGGGUCAUGCCUGAGCUGAUCACCGGCCUUAUCACUGAAACAAGUUUCGUUACUGGUAUACUAAUGCUAUGGUUCAUAGCUCCAGAUUGGAGCUCUGGAAUUUUUUACCUGGCAUUAGCACUAUUAGCUGUUGGCAGGACAGGAAGUAUUUUGACGUCCGGAUUUCUUUUUCAUUACAUUAGUUUGGGAGAUGACAUAAUUGGUGUCAAAAAUGUUUCAGACCGUAUAAAUGUUUGGCUUUCUCCUGCCAGGUGUACGGGGGCCAUCGUCGGCUUGUGGAUAUCAGCAAUAGUAUUUGACUGGAAGUCAAUCUUUAAGAUUUCAUCAAUGUUAACGAUAAUUGGCUAUGUGUUUCUUAUGUGUGCCGUCUUGUACUACAUGUGUCAAAAAAAUGAAAGCAACCCAGGAGAGACUUCGAAUCCGCCAGAGGAGAUCAAUCAAUCAAGUCAGAAGUGCAGUCUAAUUACGCAGGCUAUGCAGCUUCUAAAAUUGCUUCUUUUAUACACACCCUUCCUUAUCUAUUAUGUGGUUCAAGGUGCAGGUAAGACCUUUUUUUAUCAGCCGUUGUACAAACUGGAGGAUCAUAUAGGAAACAUAUUCUUUCAGCCCGCAAUUGCUUUAUUUGCAAUACAGAAAGGGACGGGCCUCAUGACCAAGCUUUUAAUGGAGAUUCUCACAGUCAUAAAGUUAUGGAGAGAAAGUGAACAGUGGCAGUGUGCAAAGCUUAUUUUGGGGAUGUUUUUUUGUUUUUGCUGCUGCAUGUGUUCUUGGUAUGUUGAGUCUCAAAGAUUGGAUUCAAAACUAAGCAUGAACAACUUAUGGAUGGUUCCACAGUUUGCCCUGUUAGGAAUUGCGAAAGAACUUGUGGAAGAUGGGAUGGAUCAUGUUUUCUUCGCCCAUGUAGAAAUAUCCAUGCAUCUAUGGGUUUUUUCAUUCAUUCGUUUUGUGGAGGGUUUGGGAGAUUUACUUGCUGCUGUGUUUAUUUUAGUUUUUGGAGAAUGGAUACGUGACGACGUUAAUGAAAGACGUCUCAACAAAUACUAUUUCUUGUUGGCUAUGCUGACUAUACUGGCCACACUUUUCUUCAUGUGUCUAUGGAAAUUCUAUGCUCCAAAAAUAAAGCCAAAGAAGGUUGAGAAGGAGGGUCCAAAGAAGGAUGACAAGGAGGCUACAGAGCUUAGGCAGUUGGAAGAGGGCAAGAACUUCAGUAGAUCUCACUCUCCACACCCAACAGAAUCCCCAGCUGAAUCAACCUGUAAAUCCAACUCGUCAGUUGUGGAAAGAUCCUCGUCCUAUCCUGAUCAGCCCAGCAAUCCAGCUGCAAAAGUCCGUAAUGAGCGCUGCCACACUUAUCCAAAAACCAAAUAUCAAGGCCUAACUCAGCAGUCCUCUGCUUCGAGCAAUCUACGCCGUCGUCUAGCUACAAAAUCAUUCCAUGAACGCUCCGAUUGUUGUUCAGAAAUGAACUAAUUCAGUGUUUGAUGUAUCCCAGGCCUGCACCAAAAGCCUAAGGAUCCGUUUGGAUAACGAAAAAUCACUUAAUUUGGAAAAUAUUUUCUAUCUUUUCUAGAAAUGGCAUUCAACAUGGCUGUUGAUGCAGUGGGAAAUUUUAUCGACAGAGACCUAGCCAAGUUUGUUUAUAAUGCCUUAGGAUUAAUAUCACUAAUAAGUGAAGGUGGCCCAGAAGAAUCCAUUUCUGAAGAAGUUGUUAGUUGAAAUAGUGAGUUGAUCAUGAUAUUAAUUGCAAAUGGAGGCUUAGAUGGAGAAGCAGUUCUAGCUGUGGCACUAAUGCUGUCAUUAUAGGUUAUUGAAUAUAUUGAUAUUUUGUGU